ACAGACUGGUGCGAAGCAUUACAUAAAUAAAUACCCAUUGUAUAAAAAAAACUCAAAAAUCGCCAAAAAGUGACUUACGCAAUUAUGUUAUAAGCGUGAUGAUAUCUUCUUUAUUCAGAUUUAUUUUUCGAAACUGUAUUUUUUAAAGUAAUAUGGAAAGCCGCCGGUUUGUGCAUGCUACAGUUGUCUUAUUGGUUGUUAUAGCGGUUUUAUGUGGUGUAAUAUUCUUGGCAUAUUUCGUCAUAUGGCCUACGCCAUCAUCCCGAGUGGCAAAUGGAGGAAAGCCGAACAUCAUCAUACUCUUGGCCGAUGAUACUGGGUACGGCGACUUUCAGACCUACGGUCAUCCAACUCAAGAGUGGACAGCAGUGGACAGAAUGGCAAAAGAAGGAAUAAAAUUCACGCAUUGGUCAAGUCCUGCGUCUGUAUGUUCUCCUAGCAGAGCAGCACUCUUAACAGGUCGCUACCCGAUUCGAUCCGGGAUAUUCGGUAAAAAUACCGUUUUUCUGGAUGGAUCGAUCGGUGGACUGCCUCAUCGUGAAAUUACAAUUGCGGAAGCUUUACGCGAUGUUGGAUAUGCAACAGGAAUGGUUGGAAAGUGGCAUUUAGGUAUAAACAAGAAAAAUUCAACAGACGGAAAAAACUUACCGAUGCAUCAUGGAUUUGAAUAUGUUGGAAUCAACUUGCCUUACACACAGCUAUGGUUUUGCGAUCCAAAGAAGUACAACAUAACACAAAUGCGUUCUUGCUUCGUAUAUCGAAACGACAAAAUCAUUGAACAGCCAAUCAAAUUUGAAACACUGACCGCGCGAUUAGUUGACGACACCAAAGAAUUUAUUGACAACAACAAGCAAAAUCCAUUUUUCUUUCUACUUUCAUUUCCACAAACCCAUGCUGCUUUAUUUUCGGAUCCAAGAUUUACUCAUACUUCAAAGAGGGGGCGUUAUGGAGACAGCGUAAACGAAAUGGGAUGGGCAAUAGGUCAAGUUUUGGAUCAGUUAAAAUACUUAGGAAUUGACGAAGACACCCUCGUUUUGUUUCUAUCUGAUCAAGGGCCGAUGGUAGAUGGGUGCGGAGAGGCAGGUGAUGCUGGGGUUUUUCGCGGAGGAAAAGCGACUAUGUGGGAAGGAGGAGUUCGAGUACCUGCAGUGGCGUGGUGGCCUGGGACAAUAUCGCCUGGGACUGUUAGCCACGCAACAAUCAGUACAAUGGAUAUCUUGCCCACCGCACUCAAACUAGCAGGUGCUGAAGAUUACCUUGAAGAACGAAAGAUUGCUAUCGACGGAAAAGUAAUCAAUGACGUCGUGAAAACGGACACCGCAGAAUCAUGUCACGAAGCACUUUUUUAUUAUUGCUCUGAUAUAUUGAUGUCAGCUCGAUACAAAAAAUAUAAAAUUCACUACUACACAGUGGAUCCAAUGGUUUCAGGAAUCGUGAGUGAAGGAGGAGAUCGGUGUGAAUACUCAAACAGGACGAAAUUAUUUAAUAUCUUCAGUUGCGAACACAGAGCAAAGAAACAAGAUCCGCCGUUGAUAUUUAAUUAUGAAGCUGAUCCACAAGAACAAAUUUCUUUGGAUGCAACAACAAAAGAAAAUCAAAUUUUGCUUGAUAUAAUUGCUGAUUUGGUCCAAACGCACAAAGCAUCUAUUAUUCCAGUUCAGUCGGAAAUUGAUAAACCUUAUUAUCGGAGUAUUACUCCUUGUUGUAACCCUCCUGCUUGCACAUGUAAUUAUAAAUAAGCAAUUUUUAACAGCGAA